AAUUUAAACCCAAAUAAGAAACAAUUCUGGUUUUUCGAAUUCUGAAUAAAACAUUUUUUGAAUUUCAUUAUCUUUAAAAAAUGUUUGAAAAAUUAAUUUUGUUUUCAAAUUUGAUGUUAAUAAUAAUGCCCCUUUUUGAUUUUUAGAUUAAGCUUUUUUUGUAACGAGACUUAUGCUUUUAAAUUAGAAAGCAUAAAGUACAAGCGAAGGGCAAUAUAGUCAUUUUGGGAGAAUUCUAAUGGUCAAUUUAGAGUCAACUCACAACAUGGGUAUAAAAGUGAUCAAAAUAAAAACUCAAGGGCAUACAGAGGAUGAGGCAAAAUUCAGGGGCACGUAAAGGAUUAAGCGAAAACCCAUGUCUCUAAAAUAUGUGACCUCCUAUCAUGUCCAUGUCUCUAAAAUAUGUGACCUCCUAUCAUGUUGAAUUAUCCACACACCUCAGUAUACUUCUCAGGAUUACCACUUGAAUAGGAUAAGGUUAAACAACCACAAAGAAUAGCUAUCAGGUCAUUGUCAAGAUCCAUUAUCCACUCAACAGUAUCUGUAAGCCAAUAAAUUCCAUGAAGAAAAUCAAUAAUUCAUUCUUGAUCAGUUGGUCUUAUCCUGUCCCACAAAAAGGAUAGGAGAAGCAACCCAUCACAAUCCAUCUUUUAUAAGCCAAGCCGGGAUGAUGUCUGAAUAAGUCUAAUCAGUCGCAUUGCAUAGAAGAAGAAUAGAAGCAUUUGAAGCCUCCUCCUCCAGGUUGCAGCAAAAGCACAGGAAGCAGCGAGAUGGAAGGCAAGAGCCGGCGACCGGAGAUAACCGUCGUGCCGGCGGCAGGCGGCGGCGCCGCCGCCGCCGUUGAUGCGGUGAAGGCGGCGAACAAGGAGCCCAUCAGCCCGGGCUCGCCGUCCCUGGCGAGCGGCGCCGGCAAGGAGAGCCUGAGCCGCCAUGAGGCCGCCGUCGUGUCCCUGCCCGCGUGGAAGCUCGACGCGCUCUGCCAGGAGUCCGGCUCGUCGCCGGCGGUGAUGAGGGCGCGCUUCCCCUACUUCUGAAUUUCUGAAUUUCUGAUGAAGCCAUGAGCUUUUUGCCAUCUUCGUACGUGUGUGUGUGUGUGUGUGUGUGAUUGUAACUGUGUUGUUCAUGGCUGAGUAAAGAAUUAUACUUCCUACAAGCGGCUGUGAUGUAUAUGUGAGCUGCUUUAGCUGACGCGUUCAUCUUUGGACGCUGUAAAAACUAAAAACUGCCAGUUUUUCAUGUAGCAUCAUUGGAAAAACAUAGCCAUCUGUUUGCGUUGAAGUUUGGUUUGAUUCUCA